AUAUUAUUAUUUAUAAUACUGUGUUAUUGGUAUUUUAAAUAAUAUUAUCAAUUAUCAUAACCCGUGGCCACGGGGCGCAGACACGCAGUCGACUCGCUCGACUCACAGUCGCUCGGAUUUUGGACUGAAUUUUAUCUCCGCGUUAGAAUAAUACAUAUUUUAUAAGCGCAAUAACUAUUUGAUUUUGAUUUAUUUCUUAUUUAUUACGACUUAGUUGCUUAUGCGCGUGCGUGUGGGUGUGUUUUUAUUUGCAUAGUUUAAGAUUUUGUACUGUCAUUUAGUUACUCGUUUGUUGUCCUUAACAAACACGAUUCACUGUUCAAUGCAAUCACGAUGGUGUUGACGUUACGGGGUUAACGUCUGGUUUUGUUUGGUUCAAUUGAUUUACAAACCAAACUGAGAAGAUUAAAUUCAUUGUCUCCGUCCACUCAUCUUGCUGUGUCUGUGGUGAGAUGCCAACGCAUGAAGUCCUUCCCCACAGAUUAUCUGUGUAAAAGGCCACUGUCAUCAUCAAGAGUUUACGAUGGUGAUAAACGUUUCCGUCACUAAUCUCACAACCAAUGCAGCUUCCACUGCACUAGCGCCAGUCAAGUCUGUGGCAGCUCCACAUCCACCUGUCCAGUUAAAUCCAUUCACUAUUGUGAUCAUUGUUAUUGUUGCUUGUUUAAUGCUCAUUGGUAUAAUAAUUGUAAUUAGAAGAAAGAGAAGACUCGACAGGCUGCGGCAUUCAUUAAUACCUUUCUAUUCGUUUGAUGCUAACGAAGAAGAAGACUGGGAUUCAGAUCUGUUACAAAAUGAAGGUGGAACUCAAACCAUUCGUCAGCAUGGUCAAACAUUUAGACACGAGGGCAGUUUCCACAGCUGGCAUGAGAGAUUUAGUCCAAUUCAAAGAGCUAUGGAUCGGUCGAACUGAACAUCAUGGCUACAGAAAUGAGAAGUAAAAAAGGAUCAUUCUUGUGAUGAAAACGUAUCUAUUGCUUCUACCAUCUGCGUUGUACAAUUUAAAUAUUAGUUAUUUGUAAAUUGUUUAUUAUCUGGUCAUGAUACAAGUAUAAUUUUGCACGUUUCCAUUCAUCACGGUCCUAUUUUCCAAUCUAAUGACAAUCACCAUGUCACUCUAAAAAUACAACCUUAUGCCAUUAAAAUUGGGACAAUCUGUUCAAACUAUAAUCAGACAAUGUGUGAGAUUAUUUGUGUCUAUAGAAAUUGUAAAUUUUAAUGUGGUAUUAUUGUUGAUGUUGUUAGUUAUUUUUAAAAUCUACUUAACUGUAUAUAAUUAUAUAAGUAUUAAGUAUACACAUAUAUACUCACCAACCACAAGCUUGAUGCUCAAUAUAUUUACAUAUUUAAGAAUAUUUAUUAUUUUAUAGCUUUUGAUAGCACCUGCUCAUUGUGCUCUCACUAUUUUUAUUUUCCAUUAGCAUAUUAUGUUUUAUAAUAUUAUAGUUUUGAUAAUAUUUAAGUGUUAAGCCUACUAAAUAUGUACUUGUAUUGUUGAUUCAAAUCUGUAGUCAGUCUCCUGAUAGUAAUAAUCUGACUUUAACAUUUUAUUGCAGAAAAAUACAUGUUUUUUACCAAUUAUUUUUUAUCAUGUCCUCAAUGUUGUCAACAGAGUGUUUGUUAACAAGUCAAUUGCUAUAAUAUUGUUUUUUAUUUUUAUUAUUAUUAUAUGAAAAUGUAUACUCUUAACAUUAUAAGUCAAAAGUAUAAUAAUUCCAAAACGAACAAUUCAUGUCUGAUUAAAAAUUGUUGUUAGUUAAAUAAAUAUAAAACAGACUGAAUUAGUUUUUAGUCACUUAUCGUAGGGAGUGGAAUCUGCUAAAUGUUUAUAUAAAAAUAUGUAUUGUGUUGAUUAAAAUUCACCGUUAUUUGCUUA